UCGAAAUUUGAGAGGAAGACCUUGAAGUGAAUCCACGGCAGACUGGGUAGACAAUAUGGGAAUAGAAGACAACAACAAUGGGGUUUGCUUGAUUCCUGAGUAUAUGCAGUAUUGCUUCUCUUGAUAGACUUGUAUAAGAAGCAGUCUUCUGGUACUUGGAUACAGAAGUUGAUGGAGGGGGGAAGAAGGGGAGGGGAAAGGGGAGGGAAGAAGACGCAGGAAGUUAGAGCAGGAGUGGGGAAGUUCAGGAGUUGGUGUGCUCGCCGUCCCAUCCGCUCAAAAGAGUUUUUCCCUUUCAAACAAAUCAAGGCAGAAUAAAACAAUUAAAUAAAUUGGAACAAGUUGAAAACUUUGUGAUCACGUAAAGUUAAAGUUGAAAUCUUGUUGGGUAUGAUCAGACUCUUGUCUCAGAGAGCGCUGCCAUGGAUACACUCAGCAAUGCUUCAUCAGACCGGUGGUUGGUUUUGCUUUCAGCGAUGUGGGUUCUCUGCCCAAUCUGCCCAGUUGUCCCAAGAGUCCACUGGGCACGCGGUGAUGCCGCCCUUAGAGUUCAGUUCGCAUGCAUAUGCCAAUAUGCUGCAAGAUUGUAUCCUAAACGGUGAUCCUUCUGCAGGGAUGGGUCUUCAUGGCGAGAUCCUGAAGAGAGGUGGUUGUUUGGACUUAUUUGCUUGGAACAUACUUCUAAAUAUGUAUGUUAAAUCCGAACUAUUAUCGGAUGCAUGUAAAUUGUUCGAUGAAAUGCUUCAGAAAAACACAAUCUCAUUUGUCACCUUAAUUCGUGGUUAUGCACAGUCGCUGCAAUUCUUUGAUGCUAUUGAGUUAAUGGCUAGACUACAUAAAGAAGGCCAUGAGCUUAACCCAUUUGUUUUUACUACUGUUCUGAAGUUUCUAGUAAGUAUGGAAUGGGCAGAAUUGGCUUUGACCAUCCAUGCAUGCAUUUACAAGCUCGGUCAUGAAUCCAACCCAUUUGUCGGCACUGCUUUAAUUGAUGCCUAUUCUGUUUGUGGGUUUGUCACUGAUGCUAGAGAAGUAUUUAAUGGGAUUUACUGUAAAGAUAUGGUUUCUUGGACUGGGAUGGUAGCCUGCUAUGCUAACAAUAAUAAUUUUGAGGAUGCAAUGGAGCUGUUCUCUCAAAUGAGGACAGUUGGGAUGAAGCCAAACAAUUUUACUUUUGCUAGUGUGAUCAAGGCCUGUCUAGGCAUAGAUGCCAUAGAGAUGGGAAAGGGCAUUCAUGGCUGUGUUCUAAAAACACGCUAUGAGCUAGAUCUCUAUGUAGGUGUUGCCUUGCUUGACUUGUACACCAAGUUUGGGGAUAUUGAUGAUGCUCAACAGGCUUUUAAUGAGAUGCCUGAAAAGGAUGUGAUUCAUUGGAGCUUCAUGAUUGCUCGUUAUGCCCAGAGCAACCAAAGCGAAGAGGCUGUGGAAUUGUUUUGUUGCAUGAGGCAAGCUUUAGUACUCCCCAACCAGUUUGCUUUUUCUAGUGUGCUGCAAGCAUGUGCAACCAUGGAGGGUUUAGAUUUGGGCAUACAAAUCCAUUGUCAUGUACUUAAGGUUGGUCUUGACUUGGAUGUCUUUGUUCAAAAUGCCCUUAUGGAUGUCUAUGCCAAGUGCAGAAGGAUGGAUUACUCCAUGGAACUAUUUGUUGAGUCACCAAACAAAAAUGAUGUGACUUGGAAUACAAUGAUUGUUGGCUAUGUGCAGUUAGGGGAUGGUGAGAAGGCACUAAAUUUGUUCUUAAAUAUGCUUGGAUGUCAAGUACAAGCAACUGAAGUGACUUACUCUACUGUUCUUCGUGCCUGUGCUAGCUUAGCAGCUCUGGAGCCUGGAAUUCAAAUUCAUUCUUCGACUAUUAAAACCAAUUUUUACGAAGAUAUUGUUGUCGGUAAUGCUUUGAUAGAUAUGUAUGCCAAGUGUGGGAACAUCAAAGAUGCACGCCUAGUGUUUGAUAUGAUGAAUGAUCAAGAUGAAGUUUCAUGGAAUGCUAUGAUCUCAGGAUAUUCAAUGCAUGGUCUAGGCAGGGAAGCUAUAAGAAUUUACAAGAGCAUGCAAGAAACAAAGUUCAAACCCAACAAGUUAACUUUUGUUGGUGUCCUAUCAGCAUGUAGCAAUUCUGGACUAUUGGAAGAAGGACAAGCUUAUUUUAGUUCUAUGGUAAGGGAUCAUGGCAUUGAACCAUGUAUUGAGCACUAUACCUGCAUGGUAUGGCUUUUAGGGCGAUUAGGCCAACUUGAUAAGGCUUUAAAAUUGAUUGAAGACAUCCCAUUAGAACCAAGUAUUAUGGUUUGGCGUGCUUUGCUUGGGGCUUGUGUUAUCCAUAAUGAUGUUGAGCUUGGAAGGAUUUCUGCCCAACGCGUGCUAGAAAUGGAUCCCCAGGAUGACGCAACACAUGUGUUACUGUCUAACAUGUAUGCCAGUGCAAGGAGAUGGACAAAUGUUGCUUCAGUUAGGAAAAACAUGAAAAAGAAGGGAGUGAAGAAGGAACCAGGACAAAGUUGGGUUGAGAACCAAGGCACAAUUCAUUAUUUCACUGUAGGGGAUACUUCACACCCUCAUAGGAGAGUGAUUAAUGGGAUGUUGGAGUGGUUGAAAAUGAAAACAGGGAAGGCCGGAUAUGUUCCUGACUAUAAUGUUGUUUUGCUUGAUGUGGAAGAUGAAGAAAAGGAGCUCCUCUUGUGGGUACAUAGUGAAAGAUUAGCUUUGGCAUUUGCACUAAUUAAGACACCAUCUAAAAGCCCCAUUCGAAUUAUUAAAAAUCUUCGUAUAUGUGUGGAUUGCCAUGCUGCAAUCAAAAUUAUAUCCAAGGUUGUGCAUCGACAUAUUGUUGUUAGGGAUAUCAAUCGGUUUCAUCACUUCCAGGAUGGAAAUUGCUCUUGUGGUGAUUACUGGUAAUUCAUGUCUCAUAGUGGAAUCAACCAGUCAAAAUUAUAUUGAAGGUUGUGCAUCAACAUACUUUUUCUAGGGAUAUCGAUCAGUUUCAUCACUUUCAAGGUGGAAAUUACUCUUGUGGUGAUUAAUGGUAAUUGGCAUCACCUAAUGGAAUCGACCAGUCUUUGCAGGCUAAAGUCUUCAUCUAUGCGAGGAGAUUUAUGAUCAUUGUGGGUCAUCCAUUGGAUUUGACCAUGAAAGUGAUGCCUUCUAGGAUCCUCUUCUCAUUGGUUGUGAUGUCACUUGUCAGAAAUGCAAUCGCAAGCAAGGAAACACUGGAGUAUUGGCAAGAAGGAGAUCAUUGCUGUUAAGAAAGGUACCUUUUAAUCUGCAAGCCUAUAUAUUUGUUCUUAUUAUUAUGAUGAUGUUGACAUUUGGAGAUCAGAUCAAUUAGAUGUGCAAGGGUAAAGAAGGUUUGGAAGGAAUGUGAUCUUGAGGUAGAAACAUCGGCAGUGUUUUUGGAUUUGGGGGUGUCAUUUGCUAAACUGAGAUUUCUGGGCAUAAUAUCGACUGUUUUCCUUUUUCUUGGUAGAUUUGAGCAGGACCUCGUUUGAGCUAUGAAGUAGCUAUAGUCCUAUUUAACCAGGGCCUUGGCAACUUUGCAUACCCUGCCCCUCCCCCAGAGCGCUUUGGGAAGUAUAGCCUCAGUUUAGAUAUUACUUCUGUGUCUUUUUUCUUCUUUCUCAUGUCAUUUUUCUUCUGCUAAGCCCCUAUUUAAGGCGUCUGUCUUUGUGAGUGUACUUUAGUAUCUCUAUUGUGGUAUGUGGGUUUCUAAUGCAGCACAAAACUCUGAAAAAGCAUGUUAUCGAGAAUAUGAUAGCUUCUGGUGCGAGGCAUAUGUAAAUUUGAAACGAUUGAUUGCAAUUAAUCAUGGAGGGUGUGAAGCUUUUGGUAAGUGUAGCUUACGUGUUUAUGAAAGCUUUUGUACUCAAGGAUAAGCUUGUCUGUUGGAAAUUGUACAGCACUGAGAAAGAGUUCUAUUUUUUUAUCUUUUUAAUUUUCACUGUUUAAUUUGGAUGGUGAUGCUUUUUGUUUUGUUGUAUUUGACAAGUUGAGGUGCGAAUUGUGCUUUAAUGUGAGACAUUGUGGCCAUAUAUUUCAGGUUGAAUCAACAGUCACACUAAAUAAUGCCCUCGCUGUCCAGCCUGCCACUGCCUCUCCAUCACCAGCCCCAACUCCCUUAUCCUGCUGAACUUGGAUCUUUGAUGAUGUUAGGAAAUGGGAGUCUCUCGUUUUAUCAAAUUUCUUGGCAAGAAUCUCAUUUGCUUGGUGUUCUUUAUGCAGGUCCGUGAUGAUUUUCAAACUCCAAACUUAUAUGCAAUGUAGUUUUUCUUAUAAGUGAAAAAACAAUUAAAAAACCUCUGUGUACAUUGAAUAUAUUGGUUCAUUUAUAUAUUUUAUUAAUUUUUUUAGGAACAAGCGUAUUCUUUCCUUGGAUCACAACUGUAAUAGUCAGAGUUAUCUAAAAUUAUGCUAUUAAAAAGCAAGCUCCUGGUUGCAAAUUAUGACUUUUGGAUGAUCUCAGGUGUAUGGAUGAUUAUCUUUUAAUUAAAAUAUUUAUUUUGAA